AGGUGGAGGUGGCGGCCGUGGAGGAGGAGGAGGAAGAGGAGGAGGGGGGCGGGGAGCAGGGUGGUUGAGCUGCGUUCGCCACCAACAUGCCCUUUGAUUUCAGGAGGCUUGACAUCUACAGGAAGGUGCCAAAAGACCUUACGCAGCCAACCUUUACAGGAGCAAUUAUUUCUGUCUGCUGCUGUUUCUUCAUAUUGUUUCUCUUCCUGUCUGAGCUUACUGGAUUCAUAGCCACUGAAAUCGUUAACGAGCUCUACGUGGAUGAUCCAGACAAAACGAGUGGUGGUAAAAUAGAUGUAAAUUUGAACAUCAGUUUGCCAAAUCUGCACUGUGAAUUGAUUGGUCUGGAUAUCCAAGAUGAAAUGGGAAGACAUGAAGUUGGCCACAUUGACAAGUCAAUGAAAAUUCCUCUAAAUAAUGGGGAUGGCUGCAGAUUCGAGGGCCAUUUUAGCAUCAACAAGGUUCCAGGUAAUUUUCACGUAUCAACACACAGUGCCACUGCACAGCCUCAGAAUCCUGACAUGACACACGUCAUCCACAAACUAACCUUCGGUGACAAGUUACAGGUCCAGAACAUUCAUGGAGCAUUCAAUGCUUUGGAGGGAGCAGACAAGCUCAGCUCAAACCCCCUUGCAUCCUAUGAUUAUAUAUUGAAAAUUGUUCCCACGGUGUAUGAAGACAUGAGUGGCAAGCAACGGUACUCAUACCAAUAUACUGUAGCCAGUAAGGAGUACGUAGCGUACAGCCAUACAGGCCGCAUCAUUCCAGCCAUCUGGUUUCGCUAUGACCUAAGUCCUAUCACAGUGAAAUACACAGAAAGGCGACAGCCCUUGUACAGGUUCAUCACAACAAUUUGUGCCAUCGUUGGAGGAACCUUCACAGUGGCUGGGAUUCUUGAUUCCUGUAUUUUCACUGCCUCUGAAGCCUGGAAGAAGAUCCAGCUAGGGAAGAUGCAGUAACAAAGCAACUCUCCUCCAGGUCCCGUGAGAAGAAGCAAAGAAUAAAAACGUCACUGCUAUCCAUUUUUCUCCUUUGUAUCGCUUUCCAUUGGUACAUGCCACUUUAAUUAGUUAAUUGAAGACUUUGUAAAAGAGCAAACAAAUCUAGUAGAGCAAUCCUAACAAGGGGCUGGGGAGGUAUGGAGCAGAGGACCCACCCUUACAUCCAAAGAUCUACCAGCCCUGAAACACAUCUUUGGGGCUUUCUAUAACCCCACUGCAAUCUAUGCAGCAUUCUAGCCCUCUCCCGCUACUCUGCCAGCCAUCAAAAUGUUAGGUUCAGAUUGCACUCUGUGUCUCUUGAAAGAUGGCAGCAUUGACAAGUGGGUGGGGCUUCAUACACUACAUCCUCUGAAAAUGUUUUUUGUUGUAAAACCAAAUCCUAUGGAUCUGACAAGUAUAAUAAUUUUUAAAUUCUCAGAGGUGCUGGUCAAGGCAAAAACUAAUUAUGCAAAGUAGAUUUCCCCCCCCCCCAUUCAAAAUGGACAAUCAUGUUGUCUUUGACAAAAAUUGUGCAUGAAAAACCCUAGCCUGGAUAUUGAGAUCAUUCAGAACAACAGUAAAAUAGAACAAUCUAUUUCUCUUAAUAUUCUGGGAUGUUAAAAUGGUUUCUCUUCUUUUCAGAAACUGAACAGUGUUAGCAUUUAUAGAUGGCAUAAGGCAGCAGGACAAAAGCAGAACGAAUGAAUUGAGAACUGCAAUAUGCAGAAGAUGAUUAUCGCUAUCUAUUGCUGCAUUAUUAUUUUUUUACUUCCUUCUGCCUUUUGAAGCAUUUACUACCCCACCUGCCCAGGUUAGAAUGUCUGGAUUGAAAGAGGAGAAAAUGAGGCACUCCAGUAACCUGGAUGGAUGAGCAUCAUUUUGAAAGACACAAAUGCCAAGAACAUAGGACUUGGCUGUCAGUAUGUGGAAUCCAAAUCCUUGUACAUAUUUUUCAAUUGUUUGCUUAUCUUUAAAAUUAUUUUAGAUUGCCAACAUUUGCUAAGGAGGAUAGGUACAGCCCUGUGAAAAACGAGACAAGGUUGCAGCACAGAUGUUUUCUACAGGUGCAUUUCAAUCUUAAGUAUAAAACAAUUGUGUGUGCCUGCAAUGAUUGGGGAAAAGGCAGAAAUGCGGCUAGUAGUAGUUUUUAAUAUGCUGUUGACAUUGAGAACUACAGCAAGAUCUAUAAUUUCAAUAGACCUCAAAUAGUCCUUUGAUAUAUAAAUCAAGUGAUAAUUAGUUGCAUGCUUUGUACAUUUUAUAUCACCUAGAUAUGAAUGCACAUUGGCUGUGUGUUCUCUAGGUUUUGCUGCACUUCUUAAAAUAAACACUAAGAAUUUCCAUGUU